AUGGAUGCUUUCCGUAGUUCCUCUACGCCCCGAUAUGUGCUCGAUAUCUUUAAAAGUUUUGAAGGAUCCUCUAGCAUUGUCAAAAAAAUCAAAUGCAUUGAACUGUAUUGUACCGGCCCUCCAGAAAUCAACAUUCAUGGCGCUCGUGUUCUCAGAAUACUUAAGAAACUUAAAGUCAUGAACAUUGUAUUUGGUGGGGAGUCUGGAAAGCCUGAUGAGCGGAGGGAGAAAGUUGUUACAUUUGAUAUGACUCAAACAGGCCACGCAAUUUCUGGAAUGGACCAUAUGAAGAUUACUGAAAUAAUCGAUGGUAAUCGUUGCAUUCCAUACUACAAGGAGAAGAAUGAAAAAGAGCGAAUCAAGUUUGCUGGUCAAAGACCUUAUGCACUACUAGUUUCAAUGCUAGGAUUGGUAGGCUUUUACAUUUAUCACAAUCGUCGAUACUUGAAGCAAGUGGUCGACUAUUUCAUGUUCUGA